AAUAAACACAGAUAUACUGGAAAAUACUCUGACCUACUAACAUUGUGAUGAGAUAACCAGUGGUAAAUUGGAACACACUUUUUAAAGAAACAGGCAACCUGAAAGUAAAAUUGAGAGUUGCCUAACAGCAAAGCGUCCCCUGUGUUUCUACUUUUAUUUUGGAAAGGAAAUACGCGGUACUUCCGGUGUAUGUGCAGCUAAUUGAAUCUAUCUUGACGUGCCUCUCCUCUGUGUAGCCUUGCGUUUGGUUGUAGCCGCAUAAAGCCUCUAUGCGGGCUGUGAAGUGCUCCAUGUAGUAAAAAAAAAAAAAAACAUAGGGGGCUUCAGGUGGAGGACAGCGGAGGGUUACCGGCUCUACACCGAACCUGUCAGCCGGGCACCGGAGGGAUACCAUGUCGAACCGAAAGCACCGGGACAACCAGGAGAUAUGCGCCCGCAAGGUCCGAGAGCUGGCCCAGUCUGGAGUAAACAAACACUGCUUCGAGUGCAACCAGCCCGGGGUGACUUACACCGACAUCACGGUGGGCAGCUUCGUCUGCACGUCGUGCUCCGGAAUGCUGAGAGGCCUCAACCCUCCCCAUCGAGUCAAGUCUAUCUCCAUGACAACCUUCUCCCAACAGGAAGUGGAAUUCCUUCAAAAUCAUGGCAACGAGGUCGGGAGGAGGACAUGGCUCUGCGUGUUUGACCCAAAGACGGACAGCUGCCCAGACAUGAAGGACUCUCAGAAGUUCAAAGAGUUCCUUCAGGACAAAUUUGAGAAGAAAAAGUGGCAUUUUUCCAAAAGUAAGAACCGGAGAGAUGUCGAGGGUCCUUGGAGCCCGGGGGUCCAGGCAGUGCCCCCUUCCCACGGUCCCUUAGCGAACCAGGCCCCCUCACAUAACCUGCCCCCAAACGCCAGGUCCACAAGGCCACUGUCUCAGUCCCAGCUGCCGUUAUGGGAUCGAGCUCCUGCGAUCUCGCCUGCCGACAUGCGGACGGACGCGUUCACCGCUCGGCCGUCGCGCUCCCAGAGCUUCAGAGACCCCUCUCUCAAAGAUCCCACCCUGUGCGGGAUAGAAAGACAGCGGCCGGGGUCCCUCUCGUCAGCGCUUGGAGCUCAGAGCCACGUUCCCUCUUUCCCCGCCCUCCCGCGGCCCUCAGCCAGUAGCUCUUUCAAAAACCACUUCACUUUAGGUCGUACGGUAUCGGCCUCAGGGACCACUGGGCCAUUCAGGGCCUUCCCCAAAUCUCUCAGCGUGGACUUUGGAGGUCUGAACCAUCCUCAGCAGCACUCUCUGCCCCACUCUAUGUCCCAGCAGCAGCCUGGAAACGCGGGCCAGGCGACAACGCAAGCCGGCAACUCCAACCCCUCGGACAGAUACGCUGCGGUGUCGCAUCUGGACAGCGUCUUAUGUGAGCCACCAACAGUUGCAGCUCCACCUGCUGGCCCUCCGCAGUACAACGCCCUCUUCGGCAACAGGCUGUCAUCCAGCUCCACUCCUGCCAGUUCCCCCGGUGUCGAAACAGUCUCCGGCUCCCAAACGUUUGCAAAUUUCCCCAACCCAUUCAGCUCUAGCUCGGCCUCCCAGCAGCCCGUUGCUCUCUCCCCCAGUAACCCCUUCAGCAGCUCAUCAGGAGGUGACUCCGGUGAGUUUGUCACCUCGCCCACCCCCGUCUUUCCUCCGUCCGCCUCCUACCCGGCACUCAACACCCAGAAUGCAUUUCACCAUGAGUCAGCCAGCAACCAGGAAUCCAAUGGUUUCGCCUCCUUCCCCGCGCCCGACUCUCAGCCCAAAGUCCCUCGUCCGAUGUCGGUGAACCCGUUUACGGGCAAUGUUUACGCCAGUAGAGGGACGUCGCGAAACCCUUUCAUCUGAAUCCCCCCACCUUCUCUUCUUACUUCAUCUCUGGGAAAAAAGGGAGAACUUGAGGAGUCGCUGCCAUUUCAAUGCCUCUGGAGUAUUCUCCCCCUCUAUGGGAGCCUCUCUUCCCCUCUCCCCCCCCCCCCCCCCCCCCCCCCCCCCCCCCCUCUGUCUGUGUUUACGUGUUAUAGUGAGGAACAAAAAAAUGUGUGAAUGUAAUUAUGGUAUUCAUGUGUGUCUGGGAUCGGUCGCCUGCUGUGUUUGUACCAUAUGUCAAAAAAGGUGUUUGUGUGCCAGUAGACGCCACCUCAGGGCUCUGUGGGAGUCGAGAGUAGAACAACGCCUCUGUGAUUUUUGCAGAAACACACACACACACACACACACACACACACACACACACACACACACACACACACACACACACACACACACACAAACACACACAUGUCGCUGCUGCUACUUUGCUUUCAUCUCCUGCUUUAAAGUGCAAAACAAACAGCCUGUCUGUGUGUAGAGUUUCUACAGAAGCUCAUGACAGCCUUAACAGCCUCCUGGUGCACGGGAGUUAGCCUCUAAAGAUGAGACAGGCUUUUUCUCUGUGUUGAGUGUGUGGAACAUGUUUGCAUUUGUCAUUGUUUUUUUUUUUUUCCCGGGUCAUUUUUUUGAAUGAUAAUGUAUGUUUUCCACUUCCUAGGCUGCAUGCGCUUAGAGGGCUAAAAGGAGAUGCUACUGAAUGUAAAAGACAUUUCAGAAUAACUUAAAUGUGUAUAAACAGUUCGUCAUUGCUUCACGUUCCGGACCAUAAUGUUUUCUUGUUUUGUUUUUUGUUGACAUGGAGGCGAAGUUCAUUUCCCCGUAUAUGCCAAAAAGAAAAGAGAUUAAUGUGUCUUUGUGAAGACGAGUAUUCAUGUUCAUAAAAUCAGUUUGUUGCUUCUUAAGACA